AUGGAUAAAUUAUUAUAAAAAGAAAUUAGAAAUCAUUUCUAAAAUGAAAAUUAUAAAGCUGAUGUUAUUGAUAUUUAAUUAAAAAAUGCUAAGAUAAAAUGGAUGAUGUAAGAUAUUUUAAUAUAUCUAGUGGCAAUCAAGAACAGAAGAAGAUUUUCUUAAAAAGAAACUGUAAUUACUUGGUUAAUGUGAAAACAGCUAGAAAAUAAAUUCAAUAAAUUAAAGUCAAAUAAUAAAUGAUCUAAAAAUUAAAAAAUAAAAAUACCAAAUAAGAGUCAUUCUUUGAUAUGAUAUCAGAUUCUUCUGAAGAUUAAAUUGAAUGA